UUGGCACACACCCACGGAGGAAACUGAAAUACAUGUACACACUUCAGAAAGGUGCGUAACCAUAAACCAUGUGGAUGUGAGAAACUAUCUGCUUCUCGCAGUUUCUCGACUUAAAUUGAGGCAAGUUACAGAUAUAAACCUAAAUUCACACAGAAAGUGGCGUAGACAUGUUACUUUCGUUACUGCCUUAAAAACUACUGGGGAGUUAUUAAUGGCGGUCAAUUUGGCACGUCUCCAGCAAAAUGUAAAGCGAUAUUAAACUAUGGAGGACUUGUUGCAGAGAAAAGCAUUCGACUGUUUUCAAAAGUGUUAAAAAUGGAAUAAGUUGUGAAGCAUUUCCUUGUUGUCACGCGGAAAAGAGCUUCUUAUUUGGCGCCCAGACACGAACAGUGACUGUGUUCAACAGUAACCCUGUUAAUAUCAGUUCUCCAUAAACACACAAGCAUGGUAAUAAAUGUGGAAGUAAAAGCUACAUUAUAUGUGUUUGGUGUUUGUGUGUGGAAGGUUCUGUUGUGAGCAGCCUGUGAUGUUGAAAUGAAGGUUGAUGAAAAAGUUGUCACCUAUUUUGAAUCUUGCAACUCACCUGUGGACAAGGAGGGGUACCUCUCCAAGAAGGGUGAGAUAAAGACUUCCUAUCAGAAGCGUUGGUUUGUGCUGAAGGGGAACCUCCUCUUCUACAAGGACAAGCCAGCCGACCGGGACCCGAUAGGCGUGAUUGUUCUGGAGGGCUGCACCGUUCAGCUGUGCGAGUCCGAGGAGCAGUUCGCCUUCUCGCUGGUGUGGAGCGAGCCGGGGCUGCGAACGUACAAGUUUGCUGCCGAGGACCAGGCCAGUCAGGAGAGCUGGAUCAAAGCCCUGCUGUCGGCCAACCACAACUACCUGGCCCUGCUGGUGAUGGACAUGGAGAAGAAGUACAGAGAUGCAUUAGUUGCAUUCUCCGGUGAACCAACCAACACUUUCACCAUGCCAGAUUUCAACACAACAGAGGCAGGAUAUUCUGCAGCCCUUCAGAGCAGACAAACUUCAACGCUGCCCUCGUACCCUGCAGCAGCUGUGGGAGCGGGACCCAGUCUCAGCUCCAAUCUGAUGCUUCAAACUCCGAGUACUUCAUCCAAAACAGCUAGUAAGAGAUCACCCAAACUGUGGCCCAAGAGGAAUGCAAAUGUGGUGCCUAUUAACACUCCUGCUCCACCCAUGGGGGAGUGGUCAGGGGUCUUCUUAGGCACCAAGGAGGAAUUUAGUAAACUGCACGAAGAUUUUGGAAAAGAAGUCAAGGAACUGAUUGCUAGUUGGUCAAAAAGAGGACAAGCAGGCGAAGUGGUUCAGGAAGAAAAUUUGAUAGACUUUGGAUAAUAAAUGUGAAGUAUACACAGUGUCUAAACCUUGAUUUCAGUAACCAUGGUUGCAUUGCAAAGCUUUUAUGUAAAUAGGAAUUAGAAACAUUGUUAAGAUAUAUUUAAGACGUAUAUAUUUGUAGUUGAAGACCGUACUGUUUCUUUUUUUUUUUUUACUUAUCAUGUCAUUAAAUGAUCUGUGAUCUCCCG